AGUAGGGAGAGAUGGUGCCUAUAGUAACAGUGGGUUACGGCGUGGGAGGGGCCCCUAAAAUGUUGUUGUGAGGGGCGUGAUUUCUAAUGGGGGCCCUGCAUAAACUGCACAAUGGAGAAUUAAUGUUGAGGGUCCUGCGUAACGAGUGCAUAGAGAUGUGCCCAUUGCUAACAAUAAUAUCAAUAUUUACUAUAUUUUUUCUAUGUUCGUGUCUAAGAAACUUGUUCUUUGCAAAGCAGCGUGGAAUUCCACUUAGACUAAUCUCCCGCUAAAACCGAUUCCUAUUACGGUUUUUCUAAAUCCUCCUCUCUGAUAGUACAGCCACUAGACUUGUCUAAUAGGGGCGUGUGGGGAUUUCCCGCCAGCCGUAGAAUACAAAGAACAACGCGAACAUGUUGCAGCCCCUUAGCAAUGGACGCUGUCUCUUGGCAACGUGAUCCUCGCUUCCACCUGAGGUGACACGAAUGGCUUCUGUAGUCACUGGGAAUGUGAAAUCUGGGGAAAGGAAGCACGGGGAAAAGUUCUGAACUGAUCUGGGCAAUAUAAGGAGCACAUCAUGGCCGCUAUCACUGUAACUGCUGCACUGGAAGAGCAAUUGCGAUCUCUCUGCCUCGGUUCCUUCCCAUGUGGCACCAAAGGGACUCGGAACAAGUCCAAUUUGCAAUCUGGUAAAACUUCAUACUCAGACUCGUACUGGGAAAAUGACGAUCCAAAUGAGGAGACUGUGGAUGCAUUGCUGGAACUCUUAACCUGCAGCUGGUCCCCAUGGGGGCUUGAGAAUAGAUGGAGCUGUGAGGCAGAGCAGCUUAGGCAACUGGCAGUGCAAUGUCCCGAACUCAUCACCCAACAGUUCAUCUAUUCUCACUUUCGAUCUCUCAGGGUGGUAGAUAAAGAGGUGAGCAAUGUGGAUGAACAGCUGCUUAGUUUCAGUAACUUAGAAGAGCUAGUGCUAAGCGCUAAUAAAAUAACAAAUGUAACAUCGUCCAGCCUCCCACAGACUUUAAAGGUUCUGGAGCUUGGAUCAAAUCAAAUUUCAACCUUAAAGGAUCUCACUGUAAACCCACCUCCUAUGUUACAGCAUCUGGGUCUUGCCUACAACAGGAUCCAGCAUCCUUCUGAGAGCGAGUAUCUUACUGCAGAUUUCUGGCCCAACAUAGUUUCACUUGACUUGAGUUUCAAUGACCUCACAGAUAUUUUCGACCUGGUCCCAAGACUGUGCUCUUUGCAGCAUCUUCGUGUUCUCGUCUUGCAGGGAAACCCCCUAACUUUUUUUCCUGCUUACCGAGGGUUUACUAUAGAUAGUCUCCCUUUAUUGUUUGCGCUUGAUGAUGUUCCUAUAUUGCCUGACGAGAGACAUCAGUUCAGUGGACUAUCCAGCAGAAAAGGAGCUCUAGGGAAAUCAGCAAUGAUGCUAGUAAACAUUGGGAAACUACGAGGAAUUCCCAAUCCAAUAAAUUCUUUAGAAGCACAAGAUCCAGGGGAAUAUCCGGUUAUUACAUACAAUUAUCAUGCGUCCUAUGAAUUCAUAGAGGAUCAGACCAGCAGAGAGGAGGACCAUAUUCAGACAGCUGUACCAGUAUCCUCAAAAACUGCAAAACAUCCUCAAGGAACCUUGAGCUCUCUUCUUCCUCAGACUCCAUUUCAUACAGGCUCCUUCAAAACCAGUGGAACAUCUUGGCUUGAUCCCAUUGACUUUAAAUAUAAUAGGAAGCAUGAAGUGAAAGAUCUGCUAGCCCUGAAGUCUUUUUUUCUGGCCGGAAUGAUGGUUAUAGUUACAGAGGAAAAGACUUCAUUCUGGCCCCUGGAUCACGAUAAAACUACUGUUCCCAAGUCUGCCAAAAAAGGAGGGAAGGAGAAAGACAAAGGUAGACCUAGUUCCAAGGCUAGUAAAGCUGGUGCAAAGACCAAAAACAAAAAAGAACAUUUAGAUGAACUGCAAAGGGAUCCUCCUGUCCUGAAGACCCUUGGCGUUGCCCAUGUGACUUUAGAGAGCCUUGUUUUGGGAGAAAUGACCAUGUCUACCAUUUGUAAAUUAAAAAUGUGUUGUACUGAUCCUGAGGAACAACCAACUCUGAUUGAGAAGGAUAGUAAGAAAAGCAAAGAUAGAAAGAAAAGUGGGAGGGAAAGUGUGGAUACACACAAAAAUUCAGCAUCUUCUGCUGGGAAAUCCAAAAACAAAAUGCCUUCUGAAAUCAGUCCCGGUGAGGAGCAGCAGGUGCUUCCUGAGCCAGUACCACUUACUUUAGAAAUCCAAAUCAUUCGUUUGAAUUCAACAUCAGAAGCCGAGCUGGGACUUGGGAAAUCUGAAGUGUUUAUGCAUAAACCUUAAUAUAAACAUUAACUAAUUUCUGGUUACUCAUUUUGCUUUCUAUAUCAAUUUUUUUGUUGCAGUUAAAAAUGAUCAUUACUAAUAAUUGUGUCAUUAUAACCAUUACAUCUUGCCUCAAUGUGUUAGUCCAAUGUCUGCUGUUAACUGAUGUCAGAUUGAACUGAAAAUAAGCACUACCUCUCUACAGGAGUAUUUUUGGGAUCUUAUAGUGAAACAUAUAUAGUGAAUAAAGUACCCCCUUUUGUAAAAUAUAAGGAUAUUAUAAGUUACCGAGGAGU